GGAUAUUGCAGUUACUCAGUGAUCAUGUAUUUUAAAUGUUUCAAUGAAAUAUAUUUCUAUGCAUAUAGUACAUACAGACUGACGAACACCGUGUGUAUGUAUCACUAUUUCACCGCAAACGAAACUAAAUAAAUUAGAUAAAAUAAGAUUUGAAUAACAAAAAAAUUCAUUCCAACAACAACGCAUUGCAGCGACAGUAUUCACAUCGUUUGAUUCCUAUAUAUCCAUACAGAUCAAGGAACACAUAAAAAUGAACGCAUGAGCAUUCAAUAAAUUAUUACGUGCAUAACCAUACUAAACACUAAAAUAUAUUUGCCCUGUAGUGCAUACAAGACUUGAAUCAAAUAUUGAAUAAAAAGCUUCGUUAUAUUUAAAUGUUCUAUCUAUGUUUGUAUUCUUUGUGAAUAUUUGGGGUGCUGUGGAGAGUUGAAACAAAACAAUCCGUUUUGUGGUGCGAACAUAAUAACAAAUAAGCAUAUAUUAGUGAAGGAAUUAGUUUAAAAUGGACAGCACGGUAUUGGAAGAUUUUAAUAUCAACGUCCAAGUCUUGCAAAAUGCAGCUGAAAUUUCACAAUUCGUAACAGAACGCACAAUUGGUCCUGAUAUAGAAAUAAAUUGGGAACAGUAUAAUAAUAGCCUCCGAUGUACACCAAAAGUACCAAAAAAGACUGUAAGAUGCAAAAAACCAAAUUUCUCAAUAUUAACUGAAAAAAAUGUAUCGCCAAAUCAGUCAUACUCCCGCAUAGAAAGUUCGCCACACUCUAAGGCAUAUGAUGAAGCUACGGUUACUGCGAGUAUAAUUUUAGAGGAAACCGAUAACUACACUAAGCUUAAGAUAAGGAAUCAUAUAGAUAAUUUAAUUAGUCGAGAAAAAGUAAUGAUGGCGCAAACAAAAUCGAGUGAUUGUGAACCGAAUACUUUAUGGUUUGAGGAGAAGAGCCUAAAGGAAGCUCAAAUAAUCGAACAAGCUGAACUGGAGGUAGCAAAAGAAUUUUACGAAGCUGAACAAUUGAGAGACGAAAUUAGUGAAAGAUAUCAACACGAGAAAGAAGCAAUAGUGCUUAAAGGAAUUAUUGAGUUUCAAGAAAAGUUUCAUGAAAGUUAUGGAAAAUAUCUGCAAUUACUACAAUCCAUUGACAAACAACAUUUUUCAACUGAUUUCGAGCAUUACAACAGUCAUUUAAAGGGUAUAAUUGAACAGUUUGAACAGCUUUUAGUUCAAAUAAAAAACGGCAAUUGUAGUCUACUAGAAUUAAAGACAGCGGCUCAAUUAAACGAAUCAUUACUCAUAUUAUAUGAUAAAUUAAAAUCAGCAAAUGAAGCCAAUAAAUCUGUUCUUAAACAAAAAGAAGAAACUCUUAAGGCACAGGAAGAACUUUUAGAACAAAAACAAAUACAAGACAGUACGAUUUUCACUCCACCAACUGACGUAAAUACAUCAAUAGUUUCGGAAGAAGUUAUGACCAACAAUGCAAUUGCAAACGCAAAUUCACUUUCUAAUGAAACUCCAUCAAUUUUUAAUAUUGUGCAGACACCUGCAAUGGCUACUUCAACUUCCGCUAAUAACUUUAAUGCAAUGACAACCUCAUACACUGAAGUUGUUCCUAAUGUUAUCUCGACAGAAAACACUAAUGACUUACUCAUCCAACCACCUCCUGUUUCGACUAUAUCAGAUACAACUGUAUUAUCCAAAUCUAACGAUGUAUAUGUAAGUCAGGAACGUUUGGAAUUUUACAACAAAAUUAACGCUUUCUAUCAAGCAAAAGUGGAAAGGGUGAAACCACUGCAGAAUGAUGAAUCUCUGAAGAAAUAUCGAGCUGCCUGUCAAAAAGUUAUUAACAUACCAAUUAAUGCUAUAGCAGCAGUUAGUCCUCAACAUCUAAGAGAUAAAUUUGAAAAGCUUUACAAUUUUAUAAGCGGUCAACCCACAAAAGUUCCGGAUGGUAUAAUAUCAGUCAACGAUCAUCCACUGGGACGUGAUUAUUGUAUGCUUUUAAUGACAAAAAAAAUGGUCAAACAAGGUGAUUCGCAAAUUGCAAGCAGCGCGCCAGCAGCAUUUCCAGUAGCGUCAGUUGCCAUAUCCUUAUGGAAAUUAAUACCAGAUUUCGGAAUUCUUUUCCUAGCCUACUUGUUUAAAGAAUCGCCCUACUUAGUACCAUAUUAUAUACCACAGCAACCACAACAGUCCGUUGAAGACUACUUUAAAGUACUUGGUUACACAUUUAAGGAUGGUGUGAUAGAAAAGCAAGAUCUAUUUUUGCAACGGCAUGCCGGUUUCGCUCGACUGUUUUCAGCUAUAAUGAUAACUAAUGGUCGUCAAGCAGAUGGUCAUUCACACCCUUUCAGUAUCGAUCAGUGCUGGAUUUGGUUGUCAAACUUGGUAAAUCUUGAACCAAUGCCAGAUAUUUGUACGACAGUGCUUUCUGAGGUAUUACACGUCGUUUCACCGUAUCUAUACGCAACUUACGGCAAACAAUUUGUCAAACUUCUUGUUUUCAUAAGGCAAUCAUAUAUUCCAAAAGUAAAAGAAAUCGAUAGUGGAGGAGCAACUACCCGUUUAGAACUUAUGUUGGAUAACUGUUUAAUGAAAGGAGUAUUUCCAACACCAACUGGAAUUUUACCACAAAAUUUUUGGUAAAAACUACAUAAAGAAUGGACGCC